AUGACUCGCUUCUUUUGCUGUGGAAACUACUUCCCAGGCUAUCCUUGCUAUGGAACCAACUUCCAUAGGACCUUCAGAGCCACCCCCCUGAACUGCGUGGUGCCCCUGGGCUCUCCCCUGAACUAUGGCUGCGGCUGCAAUGGCUACAACUCCCUGGGAUACAGCUUUGGGGGCAGCAACUUCGGCAACCUGGGCUGUGGCUACGGCGGCAGCUUUUACAGGCCAUGGGGCUCCGGCUCUGGCUUUGGCUACAGCACCUACUAA